AACUACAGUCACCUCUUCUCUGCAAAACACAAAACUCUCUCAGACAAUAAAGCAAACAACUUGAAUCAUUUCUCAAGUUCUCGAAACGUUUCUCUCUCCCACCGCCAUGGCUAGGCCUCAACAGCGGUACCGAGGCGUGCGCCAGAGACAUUGGGGCUCUUGGGUCUCCGAGAUUCGCCACCCUUUACUGAAGACGAGAAUUUGGCUGGGCACGUUCGAAACGGCGGAGGAUGCAGCAAGAGCGUAUGAUCAAGCGGCUAGGAUCAUGUGUGGGCCAAAAGCACGUACCAACUUUCCCUACAAUCCCAAUGAGCCUCAUUCAAGCUCAUCCAAUAAGCUUCUCUCGGAUACUCUAAAAGCCAAGCUUCAAAAAUGCAACGUAGCUUCUCUUCAAAUGGCAAAACAACCUGUUUUAAGCGAGCCCCACGUGGCGCAAUACCGCAGCGCCACGCCGGUCUCCACUUCUAGCGCCGGCAUUGCCGGAAACAGAGGCAUGGCGGGCUUCGAGUGGCCGGAAAAGAGAGGCGGCGUCGUGGAUUGGCCUGAGGGGAAUUGGGUUGGUGGCAAUGGUCAAGGGGAGAUAAGUAGUACUAAUCAACAGUUGAUCAAGCCACUUGAGGAUGAUCACAUAGAGCAAAUGAUUGAGGAGUUGCUUGAUUAUAGCUACAUUGAACUCUGCCCUGGUGUGCCAUGAGAUAUAAAGCUAUAUAUAUGUGAUCAUCACCACAUGAUGAGUUUGGUCAAAUCACAGCCGUUCAUGUGUCAUGUUUGUGUGAUUAAACCAAACAUCCAUGUCAUGUGGUGAUCAUAUCAUACCCUUUUGAUUGGCUCUUAGUCCUCCUCUUGUAUGUUCAAAUUGCAUCUUUUUUUCUUUCUUUCUUUUUAUUGGUCAUAGCUAGCUAGCUAGCUUAUUAGCUAUAUGGAAUAAAGGUAGAUGAGUUUUACA